AUGACCAUCGUCGGUGCUGGCUUUGAUGAACACUCCUUGAGCAGCGACGAAAGUUACGAACAUGUCUUCACAGAUAAAGAAAACACAGAGGUCAAAGGUUUGUACUUCCAGCGCGCUCGGCUGCUCUUUGGGCCAACGGCAUCGCGCCGGCACCACGAUCCUUCCCAGCAGGCCCUCAUCAACGUGGGGGGCAUUCGGUACGCCUUCCCCUGGACCACCCUGGAGGACUUCCCCAAGAGCCGCCUGUGCCGCCUGCGCCUCUGCACCACCCUGAGGGAGAUAGCAGAGUUCUGCGAUGACUACGACGAGAUGCAUCACGAGUUCUUCUUCGACCGUGACCCGUUGGCCUUCCGGGCCAUCCUCAACUUCCUGGCGAAAGGAAGGUUGCGCUUGCUGCAUGAGGUGUGCAACGUGGCCCUGCACUGCGAGCUGCUGUACUGGGGCAUCGAUGUAGAGCAGAUGGAGCCCUGCUGCCGCCACCAUGUGAUCUCCGCCGUGGAGGAGGUGGCGGCGCACCAGCGCAAGGAGGACAAGUUGCGGGAGAGGAGGAUGGCACUGAGGACACCUGUGGCGUACGGUAGCAUCUUCCACAUGCUCGGAGAAGCGAUGGAAAACCCUCAUUCGGGAUUUGCGGGGAAAGUUUUGGCCUUCCUGUCCAUCAUGAUGGUGGUGGUCACCGUGUUCAGCCUGUGCAUCGGCACCAUGUCGGACCAACAGGAAGAGGCCAUGGGUCAAUGCUCCCAAAAGUGCCGCAACUUAUUCGUGGUGGAGUCAGUCUGCGUUGCUUGGUUCUCCUUGGAGUUCCUGGUGCGAUUUUUUCACGCCGAGAGCAAGCUGGAGUUCGCCCGAGGCCCCCUGAACAUCAUCGAUGCCGCCGCCAUCGUUCCCUACUAUGUCUCCCUGGUGGUGGACCUCAGGGACGAGUCCGUCGAGGACAUUAUGGCCGGCGGGGAGGGCACCCUGGAUAAACUAGGUCUGAUCCUCCGUGUGAUGAGGGCCCUGCGCAUCAUGUACGUGAUGAGGCUGGCCCGCCACUCCCUGGGCUUGAAAACCUUGGGGAUCACCAUCCAACGGAGCAUGACCGACUUCGGCCUGCUGCUGCUCUUCAUAUGCGUCGGCGUGGCCCUCUUAUCCCCGCUGGUGCACCUGGCUGAAAACGAGCUGGCCCCCAACGGCGCCAAGGCCCCCCACCUCAGCUUCAGCAGCAUCCCCGUGUCGUACUGGUGGUCCAUCAUCUCAGUGACCACGGUGGGCUACGGAGACAUGGUGCCCCGCAGCAUACCCGGACAACUGACGGCGCUGGUCACCAUCUUGUCGGGCAUCCUCAUCCUGUCUUUCCCCUCCACCUCCAUCUUCCACACGUUCAACCGCACCUACAAAGAGCUCAAGGAUGAGCACAAGAGGCUGUGGAAGGAGGAGAGGGGGGCGGAGCUCGCCAGUAUGGCUGAGGAGAGCAUGAGAGAACGAGACUCUUGGCGUGAUAACUUGCCUGAAAAGGAUUUUUUACCUGGACUAGAUGAUCCUUAUUACCUUUUCAUGAAAGACAUUAAAGUGCUGGCUUGGAGCAAAUCUCCAGUGACCUGUUGACACACUAUAUGACUAUUGUGGCUGCUGAGUCGGAGCAAAUUCCUGCAGCUAUGCUUCAAAAUACUGUAGAAUGUCUUCCCCGGAUAGUGGAGUCUUUUAUGGCAGCAUCAGAGAUGGAGGAUAUUGACGAUUUAGCUUAAAUCUUGGAUACUGGCUGUUCUCAGCUCAUUUUCAGGCUCACACUUGUACUGGGGGUUUCUACGAGAACAUGUUUACAUAGUUACAAAUUCAAAAAACACUUUAUUUUUCUCAUACUGUCUGUCUGAACAUACCUGUAUUCACCCUCUGUUUGAAACGCUCUGUUUUAGUGUCUGUCUCUCUCGCCGCAGCCGAGGACUCACUGUGUGUGUGUCAACUACACAGAGUUUAGUGUCACUUCCAACGGUGACCUUAUAGUUGUGACAUCAUAACUUAAAGGUACUAUUUUUAAAGGUACCGUUUCUGAAUACGAGCUGGGUACUUUUCU